AUGGCAACUUCGUCACUACCCCCAAUAAACCCCUUGCUGAAGGUGUGCGGCAAGCGCACACGAGAUAUCUUCGUGGCAUGUCCAGACGACAGCAUGCAGGAGGAGCCGAAAAGUGCUCGCAUGCGGCUCUCCGUGAAAAUGAACGACGAAUACAAAGAUGUACGAGAGCUCCCUGCACAGCUACUUGCGCAACAAGGCGCAGUCGGGCCUGCACGACCAAAGGAGCAGCGUAAAGCUAUAACGGCCGGACGUAACACGGACACUAGCCUCAUGAUUGCGAGUAUCGACAACACGCCCGCUCCACAACCGUCCACCUUCACCUCACAAACAAACCUCACAAAAGCACUUCAGCUUCACAAGACCACGCGCACGAUAAAGCCGACGUACCAUGCACCAUGGAAACUCAUGCGCGUCAUCUCGGGACACCUCGGCUGGGUACGCAGUGUCGCAGUUGAGCCGGGGAACAAGUGGUUUGCGACAGGUGCGGGUGACCGUGUGAUCAAGAUAUGGGAUCUCGCGUCGGGCGAGCUCAAGCUCUCGUUGACUGGACACAUCUCGACUGUACGUGGACUUGCGGUGUCGAAUCGACAUCCGUAUCUUUUCUCGUGUGGGGAGGACAAGAUGGUGAAAUGCUGGGACUUGGAAGCCAACAAGGUCAUCCGGCAUUACCACGGACAUCUGUCUGGUGUCUAUGCGCUAUCGCUGCAUCCGACAUUGGACGUUCUCGUGACGUCGGGGCGCGACGCCUCAGCACGAGUAUGGGAUAUGCGGACAAAGGCACAGAUUCACGUCUUGUCGGGCCACACAGCGACAGUUGCAGACGUCAAGUGCCAGGAGUCAGACCCGCAGGUCAUCACAGGCAGCAUGGACUCGACAGUUCGCCUGUGGGACCUCGCGGCGGGUAAGACGAUGGUCACGCUCACACACCAUAAGAAGUCGGUGCGUGCACUGGCCAUUCACCCGACGGAGUACUCGUUUGCAUCGGCGUCGGCGGGCGGGAACAAUAUCAAGAAGUGGAAGUGCCCCGAGGGAGCGUUCGUCUUCAACUUCAGUGGACACAAUGCGAUCAUAAACACACUAUCUGUGAACUCAGAGGGCGUGUUCUUCUCUGGGGGCGACAACGGCACGCUAACAUUAUGGGACUACGACACGGGCACGGCGUUCCAAAAUAUGGACGACAUCCCGCAGCCUGGCUCGCUUGAAGCCGAAGCGGGCGUAUUCUGCUCGACGUUCGAUGCCACCGGCACGCGACUUAUCACAGGAGGUGCCGACAAAACCAUCAAGAUCUACGCCGAGCAGUCACAGUAG